GCCCAGUUGUUCAAAAGAGUCGUUAGCCUUAACGAUGAUUAAGGCUAACGAGUCGUUAAAUCUUAACUAAGUCGCUAGCUAACAUUUGCGUUAAAAUGUGUUGUUCAAAAAAUUUUAACGACAAUGUUAACUAACACUGCGUUAAGAGUCGUUAAAUUUUUUUAUGUUAAAUUGUUACCCAUAAUGCACAGAAAAUCUUCACUUCCUGUUACCAAGAUGGCUGAAUUGUCAGCAAAGAAAUUGCCAAGGGACAGAAAAGCCAAUUUCACCUCCAUUGAGGCAAACUUGAUCAGUUCUCGAGUGACAAAUGAGUUGGAGUUGUUAAAAGGGGGAUUUUCAACAGAGGUGACAAACCAGAAGAAAAAUGAGGUCUGGAAACUCAUAACAGAGGAGGUCAAUGCUUUGGGUGUCUGCUUCAGGACUGAAGCAGAAGUUAGAAAUAAGUAUCGCAAUAUGUGCCGUGGUGCAAAGGAAAAAUUCACUAACUCCAGAAAGGAAAUGACCAAGACUGGAGGUGGACCACCACCCACACAGUUGAGCAUUGCUGAGGAAAACAUUGUGAAUGCAAUGAGGGAUAGUGCCUCAUUCAGUGGAGUUGAUGGCAUUGAGACAGAUAUAACUUGUAAUGAAGCAAAUCUUGCCACAAAUGGAAGCCAGUCUCCAUGCACAGCUACCCCCAGGCCUACAGCAGAAGAAUCUGUCUGGAUAAGAGCUUUAGACAGACACCACUCAAACUUGCAGAACAAUCAGCAGACCUGCCCAGUAGCUGAUGAUGCUGAAGGGACUGAUAGAAAUGCCACAUGUCCAGGUCCAAGUAGUUCAGCAUCUUCCCAGUCUAAAAGAUCUUCAAGUUCAUGCAGCAUACAGCCAACACCCAAGAAGAAGAAAACAGCUGAAGAUGUUUAUGCAUUACAAUGUGCAGUUCUUGAAAAAGAACUAGAGAAGAACAUACUUCAAAUAGAUCUCUUGAAAAAAUUGCUUGGCAAAUAUGACAAUUUAGAUUCUGAUGCCCUGGAACUACUGUCAGUUUUGGGGCAGUGAUUGUGAAAACAUUAGAAAACUUUUCAAGUUGUUUAAUAUUCUAUUUACUUUAAUGUUUGACUUGUUUUAAUUGCUUUUUCCAAAAUACCAUUUUUAUUACAAAAUCCAUUUAUUAAAAUACUGCAUAUAUUAUAUUGAUUUAUUUUCUAUUACAUGUACCACAUAUUGUA